ACAACUAGGGUACAUAUAUUUGACGUGCAUCAGUCAGAAAAUCAGAAUACUGAUUCCGGUUGAAGGCAUCAGGUUGUCAUCGGUAUUCACACCUGUCAACAACUGCAAACUAAAGAAGAUGAAGAUCCAAAUCGUGCUCCUCAUCUUCGCUUUUGUGGCUGUGAUCAGUGCAGCUCCAGCUCUGCAGUCUUCCAAAGAGCUGGAGUCUGAGAUGGAAGCUGCUGUAGAUGAGGUGGACAAAGAGCUGGACUUGGAAGAGCUGGAGUCUGAGAUAGAAGCUGGUCUAAAGAAAUUGUUCGGCGAGAACACCCAAAAGGACGAGCUGCUCACAGAGCCCACUCAGGAGGUGCUCACCCUCAGUGUGGAAGAGGUCGAUGAGAAGGACUUGGAAGAGCUGGAGUCUGAGAUAGAGGCUGCUGUAGAUGAGGUGAUCAAAGAGCUGGACUUAGAAGAUCUGGAGUCUGAGAUAAAAGCUGGUCUAAAGAAAUUGUUCAGUGAGAACGCUCAAAAGGACGGGGCGCCUGAAGAGCCCACUCAGGAGGUGCUCACCCUCAGUGUCGAAGAGCUCGAUGAGAAGGACUUGGAAGACCUGGAGUCUGAGAUAGGGGCUGCUGUAGAUGAUGCAUCCAAUGAGAAGAUCUGAUGUUGUUGCAGAAAAAGAUGAAUCCCUCACAGCAUCCUGCCUGUAUGUCACUCUCCAACAUCUGAUCUUCAGCACCAUGGAUAUCAUCACUAUAAUCUCCUUUACAAUCACAAUAAAUAAUAUUACAGCAUUAAAAUGAAAAUAAAUGCAUUUGAAAUGAGAUUCACUGAUGGUUUAGGUAAAAUAAAUAUGUCUAAAAGCUGA